CGUCACUUCGGCUUUUAUAGCGUUACUUUCAACCCGCCAUUUUGUCAAGCAAAUAAGCGGGCGAGGUGACUUCAAAGUGUACACGUGCUGUAAAUAAGUGAAAAAGAACAAAUCGAAAUACUACAAUUUAUACAUAAUGGUGGCGCAAACGAAGGUGUUUGUGGGAAGUCUACCCCAGGGCUCAAAACCAGAGGAACUCCGAAAAUUAUUUGAACGUUUUGGAGUUGUGACAGAAUGUGAUAUCAUGAAUAGAUGCGGAUUUGUUCACAUGCAAACCGAAGAUCAGGCCGCUGCCGCUAUCCGGGCACUUAAUAAUACCACAUUCAAUGGCGGCGUUAUUACAGUUGAGCGUGGAAGGAUCAAGGAGCGAGGACAGCGCGGUGGUGGUGGUCGUGGUGGAAUGCGGGGAGGCAUGAGAGGAUCUAUGGAUCGCAGAGGUGUCGGUCCAAUGCGCGGUGGACCUGGCGGUCUCCGCGAUGCUCCCUAUCCUCACAUGCGCGAUUCACGGCCGAUGGGCCCCAUGCGCGGUUCUGAUAUGCGAGGACCACCAAUGGGAGGUAUGCCGAUGAGAAACGGAAUGGGCGGCGCACCGUACGACCGCAGCAUGGAGAGACCGCCUAUGGGUGGUGUAUACGAUGAUCGUUACAACGGGUAUGGCGGGGAAGACCGUCGAGGCUUCGCGCUAAUGGACGGUCGAGGCACCCGUGACCAGUACGGUGCACCGCCACCGAUGUACCCUGACGAUAGACGCGGCUACGGUGCCCCAGUAGACGAUAUGGCAGCCAUGUAUCCAGACGACAGACGGGCACCUAUGUACCCAGACGAAAGGGACAUGAUGGACAGAAGGGCACCAAUGCGAGGUGGGCCUAUGCCAAUGUCCUCCGGUUAUGAUAGAGCACCUCCCAGAGCUGCCCCUAUGGGCAAUGGAGACAUGUACAGUAGAAGAACACCACCUCCCAUGCGUGGAGCGGCUGGUGCUGGUGGUGGCUAUGACAGAGAUCCCUACGCACAACAGUACCCUCCCAUGGGACGGUAAGAGUCACCUUCACAGCUUAUUUGGCAACCAGAGAGAACAAUCAUUCAUUUAUUUCUAAUAGCUAAUUAGGUCAUCAUAAUUGAUUUUUAUAAAAUAAUGUGUGAAAAUUGACAAUAUUUCACUUUAGAUGUUAAAUUACUUUUUAUAAUAAACUAGUUUUUAAUAAUAUCAUUAUUAUCAUGUCAUUGAAUUUAUCUUUUGUAUCAAAUAAAGUUUUUGUAAAUUGAUAACUAAUAUUUAGUUAAUUUAUCAUAGUAUAUAGUACCUUGUUUACUCAUAUUGAGACGAUCAAAGACAAAUUUUGUAACUCUGCGUCAUCUCACUCUCUGGUUGCUAUCACGAGAAUAUUAUCAUUAAAGGCGUGUGACUCAUUCUAUUCGUUCGAAACCAGCGGUACGUCUACUAACCGUUCGACACCAUCGACAUCCACAUUUUAAUUAUGUAAUGAAACAACAAAUUAAAACAAAACAAAUUUUGCAAUGCAGCUAAUAACGAAUCGGACGCGUUGCGAGCAAGGUGAUGAAUCAUUUCACUAGUUGCCUAUAUUGUUUGAUUGCUGUCGGGCGGCAGUCUGACGCGCGUGGCGUGCAUGUUGUAGCGGCGGCGGGGCGGCGCGCGCGCGGGACGGGCCGCGGCGCCGCUAGCGGCCGCGCCGUCCCGGCGGUAGCGUAGGUCGCGACUCGCGUCUCUCGCCUUCGCCGCCACUCGCGAUCCGAUACCGCGCCCGCACCGGCGGCGCACGCGUUCUUUGUAUUGUUAGCGGUAAGACGGCCCCCUUUGUAAGCUUCGACAUAAGUUGUUACAUUCGUGGGAACUGUACGAUUUCAUUGAAUGAGUAAAUGACAAAUUGACGGAAUUUCUUUUUUUUUAAAUUGUAAUUUCAUGAGAUCGUUCGUUGUUGUGACAUAUCUGAGCGAUUCGAUAGAUAUGAAUGAUUGCGUUUAAUUUGUAAGUCUCUAAUUGUAAUAGGUGAUUAAGAUGUAUUAUAUUUUACUUUUAGAUUAAAUUCCUUUUUUGGAAGCAGUAUCUUUUUUUGUCGAUUGAACCUUAUCCUACAUAAUUCAUUUGCAUGAUACCAAGACCCCCCCCCCCCCCCGUCCUCCGGCGUCCGUUCUCGCUUUCCUCCUGCGCUUAUCCUUUGGUUGCGGCUACUAUGUAUAACAUGUGAUUGACUUGCAGGACUCCAAAGCUUGCCCGGUCAAACGGGCGUCGAGCUCGAAUUAAUUAUUUUGUUGUUUAAAUAUUUCCUAUAUCAUGUAAAGUUUAGACUACUACCGUUGGAGGUUAUCGAAUUGCCGGCACAUAAACCGACGCUUACGGCUGUUAGGUAAAACAGUACGGUCGGUAUCCUUCGGGCCUCAGGAAUACCAGCUUCCAUGAUCUGAAUUAUCAAAAAUGUAUCUAACGUCGCCACGUGCGUCAACAUGAAACAGAAAGUGCGUGCGAGUCCUUUCAGACGUUAGUAGCGGCUAGAGGUCGCGUACCGCGGGCGGUGCCGACGGCGAAGCAUAGCCGAUGCUAUGACCAUACGACGUACGGCGUUAACGUUAGGCGACAGCGGCAGAAGACAGGAUUGCGAAAUGUUACAAUCGAUGUGGGCCCCUGGCUGACUUGGAGGUGGUAUCCCAGGUUUGAACUAGCUCUCAAGGCCUUCAGAUACGACGGCAAGACAUGACCCGACGGUGGCUAUUUCUUGUAACAAAGCACAAUUUGUUAAAUUAAAUAAACGAUUGUUAAUAUG